GAUGGCCGUAAAAAGUAAACAAAUCAAAAAUUUAUUAAAAUGAGCUGCUAAAGGAAUCAUUUAUUCAUUUCAUGUAUUUUAAGGUUUAAUUUUGAAUUUUGGCGUAUAUACUAUGAUUCUCUGGAUUCUGUUGUCCCUAAACAAUCAAUAUGGGUGAAGAGAUCAGCGGAAACGAUUGUUCGUGGAAGAAAAUGGUGAUAGCGAAAACGAACAACCAGUGGAUUUCCUCCAUCAGGCACGACCAAGCAUCGAAUGCAAUGAAUACCUCGGACUUCAGUUUGAGUGAUGCUCAUGUGCCGUUUGUUGAAGUGAAAGUGGAAGAUGAGGGUGCGGUUACGUACACGCCGUCCUCGUUUGAUGAAGGAGAGUCGUCCGACGCGACGUCGGCGGGGGGCUACAUGGACCCCCUCCUCGGUGAACACACACCGAAACGAAGAAAACGAAAAGGCUCAGGCGGCCUCAAGAACGAGUCUCCCGAAGAGAGAUCGGCUCGUUUGGCCAAGAUGUCUGCAUAUGCGGCACAGCGGCUCGCUAACGAGUCUCCAGAGCAGCGCGCCAUCAGGCUGAAGCGGAUGUCGGAAUAUGCAGCCAAGCGUCUCUCUCAGGAGUCCACAGAGCAGAGAGCCAAGCGGCUAGCGAGGAUGUCAGCAUAUGCGGCUAAGAGACUUGCCGAUGAAUCCCCAGAGCAGAGGCAGGCGCGCCUGUCCCGGAUGUCUGCGUAUGCUGCUAACAGGCAGGCCAUGAAGAAGAAAUAUAUGGACACAAAUAAAAUCCAAUCACAAUUUAGUCAAAGUUGAGAAUUAUUCUAUCUUCACAUCUCCUUAAGAUAUACAUAAUUUUAUUGGAUUCAAGCUUUCCCUAAACUUUUUGUUUGCCUAGCUUUUGCAAUACCUAGUUUUUAAUAGAGUUUAAUGUGAAUACAGAGUUAUAUUGUGGUAUUUGUAAUAUAGUGUGUUGAUUUUGAUGUGUUUUUGGAUUUAUGUAUUUUUAUAUGAAAACUUAAGUUUUUUUUAUCAUCACAACAUGUUUUAAUGAUGGUAAGUAUAAUAAGCAUUUCUGUAAUUUCUAUGAAGCUGUAGAACUUCAAAAAGGCUUAAUAAAACUAAUUAUAAUUAAGAA